AAUACAAAUAGAGAGAGAAUGUGAGAGAGUCAGAAAGAGGAAAUGGCGGAGAGUGAAAUGAGGCUGGUCAGUCUCCUGUGAAUGCUCAGAAGCUGCCACAACAUUGUCGUCUUUAAGACCAAACCAAUCCACUCACCUUCCUCUCCCCCCCUCCCAUUUUGGAAUUAGACAGAGAAAUUCUUGUAGAUGACACUACCCAUUCAACCACACGCUCUCCUCCUCUUUAUUUUAUUAUUAUUAUUAUUAUUUUUUUAAAUAAAAAAGCAACUCUCAGUCGCCACUCUCCUCUUCCUGUCAUGGUGGAGACCCUUAACGUUCCUUUUUCAUAUUACAAACUAUUAUAUCCUUAACCUUCUUUCUAUUUGCCCCUUCUUUCUAUUUGCCUUUAUCUACGUUUCCUCUGUGUUUUUCUUUUUUUAUUAAUGAAAUAAUGCAAAUAGCAAAGUGCCAUCCUUAGUUGUUUGCUUUGUGUUUGAUCAUUGUACUUGCAGAGUACUGCAGAGUGAGUGGGUCGUGGGCUCUUGGCUCAUAGUCACCUUCCUCAGCAGGGGCUGGGUUACAGAUACUAAUGGCAAAGGAGUACAGUGGAUCACCCAAACAUCAUCAGCUAGAAUCAAAGAGGAAGCGGCUAACAUGGAUAUUGGGGGUCAGUGGCCUUUGCAUAUUGUUCUACGUUUUGGGAGCUUGGCAGAAUACAUCUCCUCCCACCAAUCGAUCUGAGGUGUUCAAUAGAGUUGGUUGUGAUGUUGCACCUCCUGCAGCGGCCAACUCCAAUCCAUCAUCUAUACUCUUAGACUUCGAUAGCCAUCAUCAGAUUGAGAUCAACAAUACCGACACUGUUGCCAAUUUUCCAUCAUGCGAUAUGUCCUUCAGUGAGUACACUCCUUGCCAACAUCCACAGAGAGGAAGAAAAUUUGAUAGGAACAUGUUGAAAUACAGAGAGAGACAUUGCCCAACAAAAGAAGAACUGCUGUUUUGCCUCAUACCAGCUCCUCCAAAAUAUAAGACCCCUUUCAAAUGGCCUCAAAGCCGGGACUAUGCCUGGUAUGACAACAUCCCCCAUAGAGAGCUUAGCAUUGAGAAGGCUGUGCAGAACUGGAUCCAAUUAGAGGGUGACCGCUUCAGAUUCCCUGGGGGAGGCACCAUGUUCCCACGCGGAGCUGAUGCUUACAUUGAUGACAUAAAUGAGCUCAUUCCUCUUACUGGCGGAACCAUCAGAACUGCUAUUGAUACAGGCUGUGGUACUUACAGUAUGCAAUUGAAGGUUGCAAGUUGGGGUGCCUACCUGUUGAAGAGGGAGAUCUUGGCGAUGUCUUUUGCACCACGGGAUACACAUGAAGCACAAGUCCAGUUUGCAUUAGAGAGGGGAGUUCCUGCUAUGAUUGGCAUUAUGGCUUCACAAAGGCUUCCUUACCCGGCCAGGGCUUUUGAUAUGGCUCACUGUUCCCGUUGCUUGAUACCUUGGCAUCAGUAUGAUGGUCUGUAUCUAAUUGAAGUUGACAGGGUUCUAAGGCCUGGUGGCUAUUGGAUUCUCUCGGGCCCUCCUAUUCGUUGGAAAAAAUAUUGGAGAGGUUGGGAAAGAAAACAAGAAGAUUUAAAACAGGAACAGGACGCUAUUGAGGAUGUAGCCAAGCGCCUUUGCUGGAAGAAAGUGGUUGAAAAGAAAGAUCUUGCAGUUUGGCAAAAGCCCGUCAAUCACAUAGAGUGUGUCAGAAGCAGAAAGAUGUACAAAACACCACAUAUAUGCAAGUCAGACAACCCAGAUGCUGCAUGGUACAAAGACAUGGAAGCUUGCAUAACUCCACUGCCAGAAGUAAGCAGCUCAGAUGAAGUUGCUGGUGGUGCAUUGGAGAAAUGGCCAGAGCGUGCAUUUGCUAUUCCUCCCAGAAUUCGCAGUGGUUCAUUACCCGGCAUCUCUGCUGAGAAAUUCAUGGAGGAUAAUGAACUUUGGAAGGAUAGAGUGACACGUUAUAAGCAUAUUAUUAGACCACUUACACAAGGACGAUAUCGGAAUGUGAUGGACAUGAAUGCUUACCUUGGUGGAUUUGCUGCUGCACUGAUAAAGCAUCCUUUGUGGGUUAUGAAUGUGGUACCUGCCAAUUCAGAUCACGACACACUUGGUGUCAUCUUCGAGAGAGGCUUGAUUGGGACGUAUCAGGAUUGGUGUGAGGCAUUCUCAACAUAUCCAAGAACAUACGAUCUCAUCCAUGCUAACGGAGUGUUCAGUAUAUAUCAGGACAGGUGUGACAUCACAUACAUUCUGCUGGAGAUGGAUAGGAUUCUGAGACCAGAAGGGACAGCUAUAUUCAGGGACACAGUAGAGGUACUUGUGAAGAUCCAGAGCAUAACAAAUGGGAUGAGAUGGACAAGCCAGAUUAUGGACCAUGAAAGUGGACCAUUUAAUCCGGAGAAAAUUCUUGUUGCCGUCAAAUCUUAUUGGACUGGAGAAGCUUCUCAAAACCAGCACUAGUGUUAGUAGCAGUGGUUGUAGGACAGUUUUUUUUUUUUUUUUUUUUUUUUUUUUUUUUUUUC